UAGUAACAGAUGUGUAACCUUAUUGAACUAACCAGGUGUGAUGAAGAAAACGUACCUGUAACGCCUUGAAUCUGUUUUUGUGAACACAUUUCUUGGAAAAUAGCGAUUGGGAUCCUACUGUAUCUACCCGUUGAGAUGUGAUUUUUCACACUGCUAGCCCUUUAAGAGACUCUACCGCACCAGCUUUUUUCACUGCUGUGUCAUUUUCAUUAUGGCGAGGGAAUAGACAAAUGGAAGCAAAGGGUACCAGAUGAACACAUUUAUUCCGGUAUAGUGACUAACAACUUAGAAAAUAUCACUGACGGGCGGUACGCUUAUUUGGGGCGUUCUCUUCAGAGUUUAUACAUGGAUGCUUACCACAAUGACACACAUGAAACCAACGACAUUAGUUUACCAAGUAUUUUACAGAGAACACCUCUGUUCUUUAUGCCGGUAAUGCGGGGUAUCGCUGACAACCCUCGAAGAAAGUGGACCGUUUCUUAUGAUUUCCUGAUAUGGAGCGAAAUAGCGAAUAAAUCCCUGUUCUUAUAGCCGUCAAAAUAGUCGCAAUUCAACUAAUAUAUUUCGUGACGAGAGAUUUUUAUAUUGGACGUGAAAAUGUUAACGGGAUCCAAAACGACGUUUAAAGUGAGACAAAUGCCAGAUAUGAAGGAGAGGAUGCUGAGUCACAGUGGCGCCAAUGCACGGGGGAGAGACAUGUUUGGACUACGCUGCUUACCAGGUGAAUGUGUUCUCCAGAGGGCUGUGUUGGUGAGGAAGAAGCUGACUGCCAAGGAAGGGGGCGGAUGGCUGUCCGGGACUCUGUUCUGUACCCACUUCAGAGUGGCCUUUGUGCCUCAGGACUGCCCCAAACCUGACGACAACGCAGACCCUGUGCUCCUUGGGGAUCAUGACGUGGCACUGGCCUCCAUUGAGAAGGUUGUAGCUGUGGGCCCAUCCCGGACCAAGCUGGUGACGGCUAACUCCUCUCUGAAGUUCACUCCCGAGGAGCUGGUGUUGUACUGCCGUGACCUGCGUGUUCUCUGCUUCCUCUUCGAUCGCCUCACCCCCGACACACAGGCUGUAGAGAUAACGUACACCAUUGCCAAGACCUACCAGCCAGUGAAGCCAGGGACGGUCCUGUCCUUCCAGAACGCAGCCCUGGGUAGUGUGGAGAUGAAGCAGUUUCUAAGCAACCGUAGGCGUGACGCUCACAUGAACUGGUUUGACAGUUUGUCAGACUGGGAACAAGAGCUGGAGAGGACUGGGGCUCACGGCUGGAGAGUUAGCUCUGUCAAUGACCGCUUUGAGAUGUCCACCAGUUUGCCCAGGUUCAACGUGGUCCCUCAAAAAGUUCUAGACACUGAGCUGAAGAAGACAUUUGCCCACUUCAAUGAGGGACGAAUACCUCGUUGGUGUUGGCGACACCCUCGGGGCAGUGAUCUCUUACGUAUGGCCAGCUUCCAGAACAACAUCUACCACGAGAAGGAUGACAUCAGGAACCUGGAGUUGAUCCUGUUCGGGGGCCAGUCUGUGUGUGUGGUGGUAGAGCUGGGAGAAGAGAUGCCUUCACCCACAGACAUUCAGAUGGCACACACCCGCCUACGGGCUCUCUGUCUGGGAGACAUCUCCACAUCUGUGUCAGUCCCAGAUGACAAAUGGCUGUCUACGCUGGAGAGUACUCAUUGGCUGGACUACAUCAGGUGCAGUCUGCGGAAAGCUGCAGAGGUGGCAUGUCUGCUCCGGGGAGGUCACCUGACCGUUGUGCUACAAGAGGUGGAAGACCGGGACAUGACCUGCUUGCUGUCCAGCCUGGUCCAAGUGAUGUGUGACCCUCACUGCAGGACCCAGGCAGGCUUCCAGAGCUUGGUGCAGAAGGAAUGGGUUAUGGCCGGGCACCGCUUUCUGAGCCGCAUCAACUACCACAGGGACAGUGACAAGGAGGAGGCGCCAGUGUUCCUCCUCUUCCUGGACUGUGUUUGGCAGCUGUGGGUUCAGUUCCCCUCCCGCUUCCAGCUGACAGGAGAGUUCCUGCUAGCCCUCCACGACAGCCUCCACCUGCCCCUCUUCAGCAGCUUCCUGGCCAACUGCAACCGUGAGAGGUGCAAGCGCUCACAGAACCUGUCCCAGAGUUACACCCCGGUGAAUGGCUGGAGAGACGCGGUUCCCAGGGGUACCUCCCUGGACCCCACCGACCCCCCUCUGCCCCCUGUGUGGGACUGGGUCCUGCAGUACAGCAGCCAGAGACGGGCGCGGUUCACCCAGCCCGUUCCACCGCCUGUCCCUCUUCAGCCCACACUCAACGGCAACCUGAACACAAACCCUGACACACACAGGCUGAGUGAUACCAUCCAAGGGUCUGUGUUCCUGCUUUCCCGGGGGUCCUUCUCCUGCCCUGCUAACCUCCUGCCCUGGCGCAGCGGAGGGGGCUCAGGUGCCUACCGGAAGAGCCAUCGGAGGGGAGGCUCCUCUUCAGAGAAUCUGCCGGGCCUGGAGAGGCUGAUGAAGGCCUUUUCCCUCACAGAGCUUCCCCAGGGCCAAACCACUUCCACUGCUAACCUCCAGGGGCCCCUGGACCCCUACGAGCCCUUACUCCCCCUGCUCCUGGGGCCCUGCAUAGGCGUGUGGAAAGACUGCUACCUCCGUGGAGCCCUCCAUGCUCAGGCUUUCUCCCACCCCAUUUCUUCAUCCAGCCAGCACCCAGUGGAUCUGCUAGCUUGGGAAGUCCAGGAGCUCAGAGAGAAGCUAGCGUUAGCCCCCACUAAAACAGCCCCGGCCAAGAGGAAGGAGCCCCGUUGGAAAGACUCCAACCUCAACCAGAACACCAACAACGGCACCUUCCUCUUCCCAGCCUCUAGACCCACGCUCCCUACCUCCAACCUGCAACCCUGGGGUCCGACACCCUCCUCCGCCCCUCCAUCUAUACCUGGCCACAGAGACGGCAGCAAGCACACGUUCCUAUUUAGCCACCCAUCCUCUUCAGAGGCCCGUCCAGACACACGCUACUUCCCAGUGGCCAAUAAUAAUGCCAAGCUGUCAAAGAACAACAGUUCUUCACUAGGGUCCUGAGCUCUGGGCGUCCCCUGCCAGUUAACCAGAACAGUACUGAGUGUUAACCCUGGCUCUGAACUCUAAAUUAAUUCACCCACCACAGACCAUGCAAGACUUCAUUCCCUAUCAUUGCUGAUCUCUUGGUGGAACCAGAUUUUCCUGUCAAGACUGGUUUGAAUGGCUUUAAGGCAAUAUGGGAGUAGGAAAGUCAUGAACUGGCCGGAAAGGAGGUACUGAACUGCAGUAAUAAUGCAAGUAGAGCAAAGCACAAAUAAUAUUUGAAAAGUGUUUCUUUAAAAUGGUUUGUUUAACACAUUCUGUUUUAUUUUUAACCAAACAUUUUCCUUUAAAUGUUCCGGGGUUUUUUUAGCCGCAGAGGUCAAAACAAACAGCAGACAAAUGUGUGUUCAUUUAUUUGAUCUGCAGAAGCAUUAAGGACAUUUCUGUUAGUGCAGGGUGGAACCCCAAUAUUUGUUAUUAUUACUGAAUCUGACACCACUGUAGCAUGUGCAGUGGGGAGAAAAGGUAUUUUUAAUUUUUAUCAUAGGUACUCUUCAACUGUGAGUGGCAGAAUCUAAAACAAAAAUCCAGAAA